AUGGCCCCAGGCUUCAUGGUCCUGCUCCUGCUGGGGACGGUGGGCACAGCUUGCAGGGCUCAGCCCGUGCUGACCCAGCCCUCCUCCCUGUUCGUGCUGCCCGGGCAGACGGCCCGGCUGUUCUGCACCCUGAGCCCCCAGUACAACAUCACCGAGUUCGGCAUCUCCUGGUUCCAGGAGCGCCCGGGGCACGCCCUGAGGUAUCUGCUCUAUUACAACUCUGAAAGAGAAAUGCACAAGCCUGAUGAGACUCCCGACCGCUUCUCUGCUACCAAGGACCUCGCCAGCAACACCUGCAUCCUCACCAUCGCCUCCGCCCGCCAGGAGGACAACGGCACCUACUACUGCGCCCUGACACCUGCCUUCAAGUGGUUUUAGAAACAGGGAACAAAAGCUCUCUGUGCCCUUUCUGCAACCCUGAUGCAAAGCCCUCAACAGGGAGAGCAGCAGCCCUGGGAGGGAUGGAAAAAGACCUCCUUGCAUGCUCGAGCAGGCCCAGCAGCACUGCCUCGUGCUGGGAAGUGCAGUGACCUACUCUUCGACCCCAAACUUCCCCCAUGGAGCACUGGAGAGCCGGACACGGUGCGAGACCUGCCAGGGACUCCUGUUGCAGCAGGAGGAUGGAUGGAGGGCUCCGUUGUGGCCCAGCUUUCCUGGGCUCUUCCAGCACUCAGUAGCCUUGAUCCGGCUUGGGCUUCCGCACAGUUUGGCUCA